AUGUCAGCUGAUGAAGAUAUGCCCUUGCACUGCGGAGGAGCAUCGCAAACAAGAAACGAUGUUGCUGAAAAAAAGCGCCAGAGAGAGGCUGGUUUACAAAGGUGGAGGGAAAAGAAGUCUAAAUUGUCCGCUGCAGCUUCCAAUUCUUCGACGAGUGUUCGUCGUCCCGUAACGCGUUCAGACAUGAAUGUGCCGUUGCACGUUAGUGGAGUAGCCCAGAACACGCCGGUACUUCCUGCACGCCGCCGUGAAAGAGAAACUGCUCUACAGAGGUGGGUGGCUAAGAAAUCACGGAGGUCAGGUGCGGAUGACGUAUCUUCAACAAGUGCACCCGACUUGUUAGCCUCAACGAGCUUCUUGGCUGAACCUGUUGGGCUACAUCAAUGUACACAAGAAACCACGUGCGGAGAUCCUGCCAUUGGUGCAGUAGAAUCAGAAUGUGAAUACCCGAAAAUUUGUGUUGGUGCGAAGCAUCCGGAAACAUCUGAUGAGCAGCCCUGUGUUCACAAGCAAUCCAUAUUGUCACGCACAUGUGACUAUCCCAUUCCCAACGUUUUAUAUGGCACUGCUGGUGAUGGGGACGUUUCCGCACACCGUGGUAGCGUGCAUGAUCCCAGUUCAACAAGUCAUGGCGGUAAUACAGCUGCCAGGCCCAAUGACGGUCGUCGCUUUUUAGAGAGGGUGCCUACAAGUGCAUAUGCGCUGCGUACACAGCCUAAUUGCAGGGCCUUGCUUGCAAUUGUGCGUUCAAAAGGUGGUAUUGCUCUGGCCACUGCAACAUCUGGUAUUGCUGCGUCCAUAUUACCAGGGGGUAGGACGGCGCAUUCUAGGUUCAAAAUCCCUAUUGAUUUGUCGGAUAUCAAGUCUUGUAAGAUUAGUAAACAGAGUAGCUUGGGUGUCUUGAUUCGGGAUAGUAGGCUAAUUGUUUGGGAUGAAGCACCCAUGGCUAAAAGGGAUACCAUUGAGGCACUAGAUUUGGCUCUUCAAGACCUUUGUGGGUCUGCAGAAAUUUUCGGUGGUAAGGUGAUAGUCUUCGGUGGUGAUUUUAGACAGGUGCUUCCGGUUGUCCGUAGGGGCAAUAGGAAAGAAACUGUUGAUGCUUGCCUCACUAGCUCAGACCUAUGGCCUCAACUUAAAAAAUUAAAAUUGACAGAGAAUAUGAGAGCGCGUUUAGAUCCUUGGUUUACUGAAAUGCUACUAAAAAUAGGCAAUGGGCAGGAAACAACGUUUGAAGAUGAUCUUAUAAAGAUACCUGCUUCUCUAGCCCUUGCCGACCCAGUUUCCGAGGAGUCACUGGAUGAACUCAUAACAACAAUAUACCCAAAUUUAGCAAGUUUAACCGAGAUGAACCUCUCCAUGAAUCGAGCCAUUCUAACAACAAAGAACUGUUUUGUUGAUGAGGUCAAUAAGAAGCUUAUUAACGAGUUCCCCGGUGAUUUGGUCGAGUACUUGAGUUUUGAUAGAGUUGAAAAUCCUUCUCAUGAAGCUGAAUAUGGUGACAUCAUCAACUCGCUUACACCAAGUGGUCUUCUAGAGCAUAGGCUGAGCCUAAAGGAAAAUGCACCGGUCAUACUGCUACGCAAUCUAGACCCUACUGAGGGAUUAUCCCGUAAAGGAAAACAACAGAGGGAGAAGGGGUUGCUGUGA